AUGGAACUACCCCUGCUGUGCGCGCUGGUGGUGUUUGCUGGUGUAACUCCAACCCAGGGCGGGCUUCUGAACCUGAACAAGAUGGUCAAACAAGUGACCGGGAAGACACCCCUCACCUCCUAUUGGUACUACGGCUGUCACUGUGGACGUGGUGGAAAAGGCCAACCCCUCGAUGCCACGGACUGGUGCUGCCAUGCUCACGACUGCUGCUAUCGUCACCUGAAGCUCCACCAUUGCCAUUACUUCAGGGACCAUUACAACUACACCUUUUCCCAGGGGGACAUCCAGUGCUCUGACAAAGGGAGCUGGUGUGAGCAGCAGCUGUGCGACUGUGACAAGGAGGUGGCCUUCUGCCUGAAGCGUCAGCUGGGCACCUACCAGAAGAAGCUCCGUCUCGUCCGUUUCUCCAGGUCCCGCUGCAAGGGCCAAACCCCUACGUGCUAG